CUCUAUCUUGAAAAGAGAAGUACUAAAAUUUAGCUAUAUAGCUGUUGUCUCCUCAUCACCUAAAACAAACCACUUAACACCAAAAGAAAUUUUCACAUAUUCAAUCCAAAAAAUCAGUAUUCAUUUUCCAACACCUUUACAACACUUCCAUUCCUCUCAAUUUCUCAUGCCUUCUUAUUAAAUAUAUAUACACACAUACAUACAUAGAUAUACAGAUAAAGCAUGAAACUUUUCUUGGCUUUUCUACUAAUCUUGAAUUCAAAUUUUCAAAUUACCACCAUUUAUGCAAGACCCACAAAUCUUUUUCACACAUCUUUUCAUGAAAUUGCCCCAAUCCCUUCAAUGCCCAAUAUCUCUCAAGGAACUCAAGUUGGUAAUAGCCCAACCCCAAGCCAACAGCAAUCACAUUCAAAUAAAAAGCUUGUUAUAGGCCUCAUUGCAGCUUCGUCAUUCACGGGUCUCAUUUUAUUGCCUUUAACUUGUUUGUUAAUAUGCUGCAGAAAGAAAAUAUUCAAAUCCAGAAAAUUUGGCUCAAAAAAAUUAGAUUCAUUAAGAGGGCUUCCAUUGAGUUCAUUCAUUAGCAGAACUAAUAGUACUUUCAAACCCAAUAGCCAAAGGCCAUCAGUAGAUGUUAUGGAAUACGAGUUACUAAAAACCGCAACAAAUGAUUUCCAGGAAAGUGAAAUAUUAGGCUCUGGUGGAUUCGGGUGUGUGUAUAAAGGUCAACUGGAUGAUAAGUCAUUCGUUGCUGUUAAACGACUAGAUAAUCAGACUCGAGAUGCCCUUAAAGAGUUUCAGACAGAAGUUGAUAUAUUGAGUAGAGUUCAACAUCCAAACAUAAUUAACUUAUUGGGAUAUUGUGUUCAUAAUGAAACCAAGUUACUUGUUUAUGAACUAAUGGAAAAUGGUUCUUUAGACUCUCAGUUACACGGGCCUGCGAGUGGAUCCAAUUUAACAUGGCAUUGCAGGAUGAAAAUUGCACUAGAUACAGCAAGAGGAUUGGAGUAUUUACAUGAACACUGCAAACCAUCUGUAAUUCACAGAGACUUAAAAACAUCUAAUAUCCUUCUCGAUUCAAAAUUCAACGCUAAGCUUGCAGACUUUGGUCUUGCCGUUACAGAAGGGGCAAAUAGUAAAAACAUCAAGCUCUCAGGGACAUUGGGUUACGUAGCUCCAGAGUAUCUUUUAGACGGAAAACUGACGGAUAAAAGUGACGUCUAUGCUUUUGGAGUAGUACUUUUAGAGCUUCUACUCAGAAGACGGCCUGUUGAAAAACUUACAUCAUCCGAGUGUCAAUCUAUCGUCACAUGGGCUAUGCCACAAUUAACAGACAGAUCAAAACUUCCGAAUGCCAUUGAUCCUGUGAUCAGGGAUACAAUGGAUCUCAAACACCUUUAUCAAGUAGCUGCUGUGGCUGUGUUGUGCGUUCAACCUGAACCAAGCUACCGUCCACUGAUAACUGACGUUUUACAUUCUCUAGUUCCUCUGGUGCCUAUUGAACUAGGGGGGACUUUACGAGUAGGAGAAAUCAAGGUUGCUGCAACACUUGAACCGUAAAUUUUGUUUUUGGUUUUCGUAUUUAAGCAAGCUUCACAACUUGAUUUAACAUAGUUGUGAUCUCGUGAUUAUAUCAGUUAAAUCAUUUUUGUUUGGAUUUAGUUAACAUGCUAAAUACUAAAUUAAUAUAACAAACAAUGAUAAAUAUACUUUUUGGUGUUUUUGA